AUGAAUCAACCCAAGGGUGCUGGCCGCGUAGGCGGCAUUAUCCUUAAGGCCUUCCUAUUCCUCUUCGCUAUCACCAAUUUCCUUACACUUAUCCUAACCGCGGUCACUGCUGGCAAACACUGGGGAAAACAACUGGAUCUUUUCAACAAGCUGCUCGUUUACGAUGACGAUUCCGCUUCAUUCACUUUACCAAAUGAUCUUCCUCCUGCCGUCGUCUUUGGGCUAGGCAGAUUCAUGGAUGAUUCAGCACGACCAUACGUGUUCCUCGCUGUUCUCGCUGGUAUCACAUGGGUCAUUACCUCUAUCACCCUUCUUUUCCUCUUCACCAAGAUUCAGUACUUCAAUCACCGCGUUGCCCGCUACGUUUUUCGGGUUAUAGGCGUCGCAACCUCCGUAUUCUUGGUCAUCUUCUACCUCACCUGGGCCCAUACGUACAACUUUGAACUCCCCUUAGCGAUUGGAUGGCCUCUGGGCAAGGCAUCAGUGAUUGUGGCACAUAUCAACCUGCUGCUCGGCAUCUUCAUCACUUUGCUGGCUGCGGUCCUGGACACACCAAAGGACUGGGAUACACCGACUGGCCCCAACAGUCGCCUAACUAGCCAGGUAUAG